AACCAAUCGUCUGCUAGCGUCGUAGACCAGCAUGGCUUACAUACCAUGGAAACCAGACGCUCGCGCCAGUUCAAACAGUCUUCACAAAGCUUGAAUACAGGUGAUUUUACCAAUAGAUGCUUGUGAAAUACUUCAGUGAUGCAUGAAAAGGACUGACAUAUACAUGUACAUGUAAUGUGACAAGAACUCUUCAGGGAUUAUGAAAGAUUCCCUAAUGUAGAAGAAUGGCAGCUGGCAAGAGACAUUUGAAAGCUGUGGCUUCUUUGGGCACUGUUAAUCAGGCCUUGACUAUAGAGCAAGUACCCAAAAUGAAAGAGGUGGUGUCAGCUUAUCGAGAUCAGUCAAAGUUGAGGCUUCAUGGUAAUCGCCUGUCAGUUCCUCCUCUGAAAUGUGUGGAUACGAUGGUUGAACGAGCUAGUAAACCGGAAACAACGGCUAGUUCAGAAGCUAGUAUGGCAUCGCUGGACGUCGUGGAGAGGAAGGAACUCAGUCAAGUUAAGGCUAAAGAGAAGCAGUUACACUCCAAAAUAGCUAACCUGAAUAAAAUUAUAGAAGACCUGAAAAAACAACUACGUCUAAAGGAAACUGCUCUUGAUGACCUGGAAGUAAAGAUAAAAAUGAAGGAAGAAGAUUACAGAGAGCAGAUUCAGAAGGAAAGGAAGAGUCACCUGCAGACUAGGUAUAGUCUGGAUCAGACGUCAGAACAGCUGGCUAUCACAAGAUCAGAUCUACACACACUGAGGGAGGAAUAUGAACUCAAACUGAAAUGUUUAAAAGAACAGAAGGAGGCUGAACUUUCUGAUUUGAAAGAGCAGAAGGAUGAUGAGAUAGCUCGUAGGGACAAUACCCUCCGAAAGUUGAAGAAACAGAUGGCAGAUGCGCUAAUGGACAAUUCAAAAGAACGCCAAGUUCAGUUGGAAGAACUGACAAAAGAACUAAGUAGAGUUCAGGAAGAUUCUGAAAUUUUGCAGUUUAAGCUCAGAACUUACAGAAAUAAACAACAAGCAUCCUGCCCUGGCUGUAAAGACCUGACACAAGAGGUGAACAGAUUAAAACCUCUAACAAAGCGCCAAGACGAAACGAUCAGAGAUCUACAAGUUGUCUGCACUAAACUAGAGCUUCAGCUGUCGGAACAGGAUGAGUUACUCCAACGAUUUGAGGUAGAGGAUCAGUUGAAGUCACUCACCCCUCCUUGAUGCAUCCUGGUGCCCUCAUUGAUCAUUAAGAGAGAAAACUGUGUUUCUUGAGGGAUUGGCAAUCAAACAUCAUUUUUUUUUCGGAGAGCUUUUUGUGCAGGGUAGAUUUAGUAUUGUCCUUUGCGUUACUUGUUUGAAAACUCAAACAGGUGCUCAAGUAGGUGCUCAAGAAUCUUGCUAUAUAGAAUGGGACAUAAGUGUUGAUGUUGAGGGAACUGUCCUUCUUGAUCGACAGGUGAUCAAAUCUAAUCGUCUUUUUGUAUAACAUUUUAAAAAUGGUUACUACUUUUUGGUGACAUUACUGGAGAUUCAAGAUGUGAAAGUAGGAAUUCGGUAAUAUUAUUGACUUGAUUCAACAAUUCCUUGAUCAUUAAGAUAGGGAAUUGUUCUGCGUAGUCCAUAAGAGAGGAAACUGUCCUUUUUGAUCAGUUAGAAAGGGAACUACAUGUACAUGAAUUCUGCUUGAUCAGUGACAUUUAGAGUAUACUGUUUGAUAUACUAGAGAGGAAACAUGCCCCCCUUGAUGAAUCAAAAAGGGAAAUGUGAUUGAUCUGUGAGAAAGUGAACUGUCGUUGUUCAGUGAGAAAGGGAACUGUCCGUGAUGAAUGAGAAAGGCAACUGUCCAUGAUGAUGAGAAAGGGAACUGUUCAUGAUGGAUGAGAAAGGGAACAGUCCAUGAUGAAUGAGAAAGGGAACAGUCCAUGAUGAAUGAGAAAGGGAAUAGUCCAUGAUGAAUGAGAAAGGAAAUAGUCCAUGAUGAAUGAGAAAGGAAAUAGUCCAUGAUGAAUGAGAAAGGGAACAGUCCAUGAUGAAUGAGAAAGGGAACAGUCCAUGAUGAAUGAGAAAGGGAACAGUCCAUGAUGAAUGAGGAAAGGGAACUGUUCAUUAGCAAUGAGAAAGUGAACAGUCCAUGAUGAAUGAGAAAGGGAACUGUUCAUUAGGAAUGAAACUGUCCUUGAUCAAUGAGAAAACAGAGAUCAGUGAGAAAACAGUUGAAAACAGAGAAAAGGAACAGGAUGAGCUUGCUGUUAUCUUUCACAUAUUGGGGUCAUGUGGUUAGAAUUGGCCAGGAUUGAGCAUAUUACUUGCAUACAACUAGGUAGAACAUCAUAGCAGAAGACACGGCUCUGCUAUAAAGACGAUUACACUGUACUGUUCACUGUAGGAUCUAUUUAUUUAUUUUAUUGGUGUUUUAUGCCAUACUCAAGUAUAUUUCAUUUAUGUUAUGGCUGCCAGCAUUAUGGUGGGAGGAAAUCGGGCAAAGACCGUGGGAAACCCACAACUAUCCGCAGGUUGCUGGAAGACCUUCCUAUGUAUCGCUGGAUAGGAAGCCAACAUGAGUUGGAAUUGAACUCAAAGCAACUGCAUUGGUAGGAGGCUCCUGAGUCAUUGCACUUACAUGCUAACCCCCUCGGCCAUGGAGACCCCUGUCACUGUUGGAGGCAGUGUUUGUGGGUAAUUGCUGUGUGAGAGGAAUACAUGCCUGUGGUAGUUUGUUAGAAAUCUUGUGUCUUCCACAAUAUCUCAUGAUCACGAUUCCUUACACACAUCAUUUCAUGCCUUUGUGUUGUUUGAGGACGACAGAAUCACCUGUCAGAGUGUCAAAGCAUUUCUGUACUUUAUCUUGUGAACUGUGUCACCCUAUGGCAUUAUAAUGU